AUGAGAAAAAGGGCCUUCUCUGUUGCUUAUCUUUGUCACAAAGCAGGGGCGAAAGGUACUGCUACUACUGCCGCUUUUACUACUCUUUCAUUUCUUUCUCCAAUAAAUUCAACCCCCAUCCAAUCAGCUUUUCACUCUGCAGCCCUCACUAUUGGUAUUGAAAGUAGUAAUCAUCAUCAGGCUAAGCCUAACAACAUUGUUCAUUAUGGGUCUCGGAGAUUGAGGAGUGAUAUUGACGGUAUCAGCAAUCUCGAUGAAGCUCUAGGCUUUUACAAGCAGAUGGUACGGAUGAAACCUCUGCCUAGUGUUGUUCAUUUCAAUAGACUGCUGGGUCGUAUUGUUAAGAUGAAGCAAUAUUUGGUGGUUCUUUCUAUUUCCAGGGAUAUGGCUGAGUUGGGAUGCAUUCCGCUUGAUGAUUACACGCUAAGUAUUGUGAUUAAUUGUUACUGCUUCUUGGGUAGAGUGGAUUUUGGGUUUUCUAUAUUUGGUGGCUUCUUCAAGCGAGGUAUUUUGCCCAAUACGGCCACCUUUACCACUCUGCUCAAAGGACUCUUUCGGGAACACAAAAUUCAUGAGGCACAAGGAUUGUUCAAAAAAAUAAUAUAUGAAAAGCUUUGCAUACCUAAUGAAAUUACGUAUGGGACUGUGAUAGAUGGGCUUUCUAAGGCUGGGAACACUAGUAUGGCCAUUCAAGUCCUUAGAUUCAUGGAAAAAGGAGGAAGGUGCAGGCCUCAUACAGCUGCUUACAACACUAUUAUCGACGGGUUGUGCAAGGAUAAAAUGAUGGAUCAAGCUCUCUCCCUGUUACACGAGAUGAUUGAGAAAGGAAUUGCCCCCGAUGUCAUCACUUACAAUUGUUUGGUCCAGGGUCUGUGCAAUUUAAGUAAAUGGAAGGACGUUGAAAAUCUCUUUACUGAGAUGAAGGCUUAUAAUAUUGUUCCUGAUGUUGUUACUUUUAAUAUUCUAAUUGAUGCACUAUGUAAGGAAGAACAGUUAGCAGAUGCAGAGCAGGUUUUAACUGCCAUGAUUCAGCAAAAUCAGAAUCCUACUACAGUCACUUGUAAUGCAUUGAUGGAUGGGUAUUGUUUACAGGGUCAAAUGGGUGAGGUAAGGAGAAUUUUUUAUAAAAUGGCUGCUAGCGGCCUUAGUCCUGAUGUUCAAAGCCAUAAUAUAUUGAUAAAUGGCUAUAUGAAGAAAAUGAAAGUGGAACCGGCCAUGAAUCUCUUCCAAGAGAUCCGACAUAAAGGGUUAAGACCGAAUGUUGUUACCUAUACCACUGUCCUGCAGGGUUUAUUUAGUGUCAGGAGGUAUCUUACAGCAAUCGAAGCUUUCGACGAGAUGCGAGUUGCUGGCUUAAAACCUAAUUUUCACACUUACACUGUAUUGUUGGAUGGUUUAUGCAAGAAUUCACAUGCUGAGGAAGCGCUUCAAUUUUUGCACAAAAAGGAAGUUGAUGGAGUAGAUUGUCAGAUAACAAUGUACAACAUCGUCCUUGAUGGAUUGUGCAAAUGUGGGAAGCUUGACAGCGCCCGGCAUCUUUUCUAUAGUCUCUCUUCUAAAGGAUUGGAUCCUAAUGUUACCACAUAUAACACGAUGAUAAAUAGCCUCUUUUCAGAAGGAUUACUACAGGAAGCCAAAGUGUUUAUUAAGAAAAUGGUUGCACACCAGAUCUAA